AUGGUUGUUAAAGAUAUUCUAGAAUAUCAUUAUCUUAUUGCUGAUAAACAUACAUAUUUACAAAAUCCAUUACCAAAUAAAAAAAUGUCGAUUGAAAAUAAUUCAAGUUUAAAAAUAAUGACACUUGGUCGUCCGUUCAAACUUGGAAUGCUUUAUAACUUUAUAACUGAUAAACUUAUUUCUAAUCUAUCUUCAUGGAAUUCGGAUUUAUUACAAGAACAUAUUCAUCAUCAGCCUUUGUCAUGGAAAAGGUUUGAACUUUAUUUAAGCGAUAAGUUCACAGAAAAAGCAAAUCUUCUGGAAAUCGAUAACAAUAUGAAAUUGAGUAUUUUAGCUGAUCUUGUUGAUUUAUCUGAUUCAGUAUAUUUAAUUAAUGAUCAGAAAAAAACAAAUCGAAUAUUACGAUUUAUUUUAAAAUAUUCAUUUACAAAAAAUCUUCAUAAAAUAAACCUCACCGAUAUCGAUAAUAUAUACAAAAAACAUCCAGAAGUAUUUCAUCAACAAAACGCUACUCAUAUUGUAACUGGUAUUCUUUAUGGUCGUGACAUAUUCUUCAUAUUUGAUCGAACAUUAUCCAAUGAUGUAGAUCGUAUAAAUAUUGAAAAUGAUAUAAAGUUACUUUUGCAUAAAUUCGAUAAAUUUAAAAUACUCUCUAAUGGUGAAUUAAAUUGGAACGAUCAUGAGAAACAACUAGCUAGAACACUAACAUGUCAAUAUUAUGGUGAUUUUCAAUAUGAAUCAAGUCCAACAACAUUUGAAGAAGCAUUUAAGUUCUAUAUAUAUUUACUAAACUUUGUUCUUGAAAAAAAUGAUUGUGGAAUACCAAAAGAAGCAGGGGUGGAACCGGUUGAGAAAUAUUAA